CAGAUCAGGUGUUCAGAAGCAAUUCAGGAAGCGUGUAAAUUCCUGUGACUUUUAGAGCAACGCGGGAUCCAGUGGAAUUAAACCUGCCGUGUGCGCGCGCGUCUAUGUUUAUUUCGGAUGUGCGCACCGGGAGACAUAUCAGAAGACAUGCUGAUCUGAGAACAGUAACGUUCCUGUGAUUAACCGGCGCCGGGUAUGAAGACUUGAGGCGCGAGCGCUUUUUUGCUUUAGUGCUGAAGUGAAAUUGCUAAGCAACCGGUUUUAGCUAAACUACCGCUAGCUUAAUGGUCCGCCUGGAGAGACGAGCGGAGACAGGAGACAUGAGACAUGGAUGAGUUUUAGAUGGAGGGAGGGAGGGAGAGGAUACCGAGCAAGCAAGAGCAAAAUUCUGUCCUCCACUCUGAAUUAAAAGAGAGGAGAGAGGGAUUAGCUUAAAUGCUAGCUUCGUUAGAGAGAAGCGGGAAUGCGGCUAAUUCCCUUAGCUAGCUUUUAUGUGUUAUGUCUAAACUAACGACAUAACCUGCUUUUUAUUUUUAAUAUUUCUCGACUGUCAUUUGAGUGGACACUUUUUUUUGUUUGUUUUAAACGUCUCGCAGAUGUCCUCUAAGCUAGGUUAGCCCUAGCUAAUCCUAAUCCUACAUCCACAGAUGUUAGUUUGUGAGUUAGCUAGACAGUUAGUACUGGGCACGAAUGACCUCCAGGAAAUCUCUAGUUUUAUCAGAGUUUAUCAUUAAUUUGUUAAUCUGUCUCCAUUAACGUUGAUGGAUUCCGGCUGUGAAAAUUCAUCUGGGAAAACUACUUGAAGCUAAUCAACCAACAACCAUGAUCAUUUGAGGUGACCAGCUGGUUUCUGCCCUUCCAUCAAAAAAUAAAUAAAUAAAAAUGAAGAGGACUGAGAACAAGCAGAAAAGGAAGCUGUGCAGCGCUGAGCAACAGUCCAGUGGAUCUGAAGGGAAAGAUGGGAAGGAGGCAGUGGUGCAGUCUUCCCUUCUCUUUCGAAAGCUCAGUAACCCUGAUUUGUCCACUGCUGCAGGAAAGACCAAACUCCAACGCCAGCUCAGUCAAGAUGAGAGUCGAGCCCGUCGCAGCAGCAUGGCCGCCGGCCUAACCGGAAAGCAGCUCCUGCCUCUAUCCAGCAGCAUGCACAGCGGUGUGAGUCAGCUGGCCUGGCAACAGCAGGCAGGAGAAGCGAACAACCUCAUCCGCAUGAGGAACCAGACACUGGGCCAAUCCGCUCCGUCUCUAACCGCAGGACUGAAGGAGCUGAGCCUUCCCCGAAGAGGCAGUUUCUGUCGGACGAGCAACAGGAAGAGCCUGAUAGUGACCUCCAGCACCUCUCCUACUUUACCCAGACCUCACUCACCACUACAUGGACAUACUGGGAGCAGCCCACUGGACAGCCCACGCAAUUUCUCCCCCAACACCGCAGCCCACUUCUCCUUCGUACCUGCUCGCAGUCACGGACACAGGCCUGACAGGACGGAUGGCCGGCGCUGGUCUCUUGCCUCGUUGCCUUCUUCCGGGUACGGAACCAACACUCCCAGCUCAACCGUCUCUUCAUCAUGUUCAUCCCAGGAGAAGCUGCACCAGCUGCCCUUCCAGCCCACUGCAGACGAGCUGCACUUCCUCACCAAGCACUUCAGCUCUGAGAGCAUCACUGAUGAAGAGGGCAGGAGAUCGCCGGCCAUGCGGCCACGCUCCCGCAGCCUCAGCCCUGGGCGCUCUCCCAUAUCCUUCGACCAUGAGAUCGUCAUGAUGAACCAUGUUUACAAAGAGCGUUUCCCAAAGGCCACGGCACAGAUGGAGGUGCGUCUGGCCGAGUUCCUGUCCUCCUCAGCUCCGGAGAAGGUCAUGCACCUGGCUGACGGUGUCCUGAGCUUCAUCCACCACCAGGUGAUCGAGCUGUCCCGAGACUGCCUGGAGAAAUCCCGCGAGGGCCUCAUCACCUCGCGCUACUUCUAUGAAUUGCAGGAGAACCUGGAGAAACUUGUGCAGGAUGCUCAUGAGCGUUCGGAGAGUGUGGAGGUGACCUUUGUCACCCAGCUCAUUAAGAGGCUGAUGAUCAUCAUCGCUCGGCCUGCGAGGCUGCUGGAGUGUCUGGAAUUCGAUCCCGAGGAGUUCUAUCACCUGCUGGAAGCUGCCGAAGGCCAUGCAAAAGAAGGCCAGGGAAUCAAAUCAGACAUCCCUCGUUACAUCAUCAGUCAGCUGGGCCUUACUAGAGACCCGCUGGAAGAAAUGGCCCAGCUGACCAGUUAUGACGGUGGAAACUCUGAAACAUCAGAGACCGAUUGUAGCGCUGUCUCCUCAGAGAGUCGAGGUGCUGCAGUACAGCCACCUCAGCCACCUCAGCCACAGCCCAAGACCAAAACACCAAGAGAAGAGGAUUUUGAGACCAUCAAACUUAUCAGUAACGGAGCCUACGGCGCUGUGUUCUUGGUAAGGCAUAAGGAGACACGUCAGCGUUUUGCCAUGAAGAAGAUCAACAAGCAGAACCUGAUUCUGAGGAACCAGAUCCAGCAGGCGUUCGUGGAGAGGGACAUCCUCACGUUUGCCGAGAACCCGUUCGUCGUCAGCUUUUUCUGCUCCUUCGAAACACGCAGACAUCUCUGUAUGGUCAUGGAGUAUGUGGAGGGGGGCGACUGUGCCACUCUGCUGAAGAACAUCGGCGCUCUGCCAGUGGAUAUGGCACGCAUGUACUUUGCUGAAACUGUACUCGCACUGGAAUACCUGCACAACUAUGGCAUUGUACACCGUGACCUUAAACCUGACAAUCUUCUUAUCACAUCAAUGGGACACAUCAAACUAACAGACUUUGGUCUGUCAAAGAUUGGCCUUAUGAGUCUCACCACUAACCUGUAUGAGGGCCACAUUGAGAAAGACACACGCGAGUUCCUAGACAAACAGGUGUGUGGUACACCGGAAUACAUCGCCCCGGAGGUGAUCCUCAGACAGGGUUAUGGGAAACCAGUGGACUGGUGGGCCAUGGGAGUAAUCCUGUAUGAGUUUUUGGUGGGCUGUGCACCUUUCUUCGGAGACACACCCGAGGAGCUGUUUGGACAAGUCAUUAGUGAUGAGAUAGUGUGGCCCGAGGGUGAUGAAGCUCUACCUCCAGACGCUGAAGACCUCAUCUCUAAACUUCUCCGACAAAACCCACUGGAGCGAUUGGGAACAGGAAGUGCGUUUGAGGUGAAGCAGCACAGGUUCUUCAUUGAUUUAGACUGGAACAGUCUCCUGAGGCAGAAAGCUGAGUUCAUCCCUCAGCUCGAGUCUGAGGAGGAUACCAGCUACUUUGACACUCGCUCAGACAGGUAUCACCAUGUGGACUCCGAGGAAGAGGAGGACACAAAUGAUGAUGAGCAUGUGGAGAUUCGUCAGUUCUCCUCCUGCUCCCCACGAUUUAAUAAGGUGUACAGCAGUAUGGAGCGUCUGUCUCUGCACGAAGAGAAGCGCACUCCUCCACCCACCAAGCGCAGCCUCAGUGAGGAGGGCACAGAGCGACUCGACAGUCUGAGCAGCCUCAAGUCUCGGGACCGAAGCUGGAUGGUGGGCUCACCUGAAAUAUUGCGCAAACGCCUGUCAGUAUCCGAGUCCUCACACACCGAGAGCGACUCCAGCCCCCCUCUAACGGUGCGCCGGCGCUGCUGCUCCGCAAUCAUCGAAAUGCCUCGGUUCGCCAUCUCCACCGAGGAAGAGAGCGCCAGGAAGACUCCGCUCAGGGCUCAACGCAGUGAAGAGCUCCCUUCUGCCAUCCCAGAACUCCCAGUGGAGAGGGAACUCCGACUAGACGAGUCUCCCAUCACACCAGGAUCCACUUCCAGCCAAGCCACCCGAGGAACACUCACACCUGGCAGUUGUGGUGGCAGCAGUAACGAGGGAGCGGAUAAUUCCACACCCAAAGCCAUCAGCGACCUGGCAGUCCGACGAGCUCGCCAUAGACUGCUGUCAGGAGACACCGAGAAACACACGUCACGGCCGCUCAGCAAGGUCAUCAAAUCAGCUUCGGCCACUGCGCUGUCACUCAUGAUUCCUACAGAUCACCACGGAGCCUCCCCACUGGCCAGCCCCAUGUCUCCUCACUCCCUGUCGUCAAAUCCAUCGUCUCGGGACUCGUCUCCCAGCAGGGACCUAUCACCGGCUGUUUGCACUCUGAAACCAGCCAUCGUUAUUCACCGAGCAGGCAAGAAGUACGGCUUCACACUGCGCGCCAUCCGUGUCUACAUGGGCGACACUGAUAUCUACACCGUACACCAUAUGGUCUGGCAUGUGGAGGAGGGAGGACCAGCUCACGACGCAGGUCUGAGAGAGGGAGACCUCAUCACACACGUCAAUGGAGAACCGGUCCAUGGUCUCGUUCACACGGAGGUUGUGGAGCUCAUUCUCAAGAGUGGAAACAAGGUGUCUAUAUCAGCCACUCCCUUUGAGAACACCUCCAUUAAGGUUGGUCCAGCUCGUAAAAGCAGCUACAAGUCUAAAAUGGCUCGGCGAAACAAAAAGACCAAAACACGAGAGGGACAGGACAGUAAGAAGAGGACUUCCCUUUUUCGAAAGAUCACUAAACAGGCGUCUCUCUUGCACACCAGUCGUAGUUUGUCAUCCCUGAAUCGUUCGGUCUCAUCUGGUGAGAGUGUGCCUGGAUCUCCCACGCACAUGUCCCCUCGCUCUCCAACACAGGGCUAUCGCUCCACACCGGACUCGGCUCACUCUGUUGGAGGAAACUCGUCUCAGAGCAGCUCUCCCAGCUCCAGCGUGCCAAACUCUCCAGCUAGCUCUGGUCAGAUCCGACCCAGUUCCCUGCACGGCCUGGCCCCGAAACUGCAGCGCCAGUACCGCUCCCCCCGGCGCAAGUCUGCUGGUAACAUUCCCCUGUCACCGCUGGCCCGUACUCCCUCACCGACGCCCCAGAGCACCUCCCCACAGCGCUCUCCUUCUCCACUGGCCAGCCAUGCACUUCUGAGCUCCUCUAUCGGCCAGUCCUUUCCUGUAAAGCUGCACUCCUCUCCUCCGCUGGUACGCCAGAUCGCUCGUCCGAAGAGCGCCGACCCGCCUCGCUCCCCUCUCCUGAAACGCGUACAGUCAGCCGAGAAACUGGCAGCCUCGCUCUCGUCGUCAUCAUCGUCUCCCUCUCCUUCGUCCGCCUCCGAUAAGAAGCUGCCGGUGGGCGCAGGGCGCAAGCACAGUCUGGAAAUCUCACACGUCGAGUUUAAAAAGGAGAUGCUCCAGCGGGAGCCGAGCUUGCAGAGCCUGCAAGAGUGCGCUAGUGAGACUCUUCUGGGAGGGAGGGUUUCUCCAGCAGAAAAGGGCACCCUGCAGAAGCCUUUAGCCCGUAAGCUGGGUCGGCAGGAAGGCCCAGAUUCUGCCACAGGAUCGCUGGGACUGGCUCCGGGUAAGAGCAAGCUGAAGGACAAGCUGUCAGCUAUUCGUCAGGAUCGCGCCGAACGCAGAGAGUCCCUGCAGAAGCAGGAUGCCAUCCAUGAAGUGGAUUCCUCCGAGGAUGAGACGGACGAGGGUUCAGAGGACAGUCAGGAUGGACGCAGGACCACUUACGUCCCCCCCAGCCAUGUGCUUCGUCCCACAAGUGUGAUAGGAUCCCCACAUGUCAGGACAGGACCUGGUGCUUUAACUACACCGUUUCUCACUCCCUGCACGGUGGCUCAGCCCUGCUCCCCUCAGCCAUCAUUAGCAGCCAACACCUCUGAGCGAAAACCCUCCCAGAGCCAGAUAUCUACCCCCUCUGCCGCCUCUACCUCAGCACUACCAGAAAAAUCCAGCGAGAGACAGGGAAAGGUUCAGAAUAUUGUGUCCAGCAGUAAAUCACCUGGUCCUCAGCCCAGCUCUCUGACCAGCACUUUUUCUACACCUGGUAGCGCGUUUACUACUGUCAGCAAGGACCCUUUUAUCAAACCCUCGGCGUCUUCUCCAGAUCGUAGGACAGCCAAAGUGAGCAGCAAGCAAGAGACCAGCACAGUGCCUGUCAUAACCCGGGAGCCACAAACCCCGACUCCUUCAGCUGGAGGCAUUACAAAGGAAAUGAAGGAGGCAGACAACCGGAGACAAGCAGCUGCUGCUGCCGCCGCUGCCGUCACUGCAUCCUCCUCCUCCUCCUCUUCUUCCUCUUCUUCCUGUAGUUCCACAGGAUCUGAGAGUGGAGUGGUUUCCCAGCUGGCCACGGUGGCCAAGAGUGUGCUUGGGCCGGUCAAGCUCAACAUCCCAGGGACCAAAGAAGCAACUGAGCGGAGCAAGGACGCCAAACCCCAGGCACAAAUGUUGCAGCCAAAAAGCAAAGAUUCCCAUUUGAACAGUUCUCGUACUCCUGAAAAGACUUUUCCAUCUGUUGCUCCUGUCUCCCAAACACCGCGACAGUCCGAAUCCUCUACGCGACAGUCCCCGGCAAUAUCAGAGUUACCUUCAACCUCACAGAGAUUCCAGGAGAAUGCAAGAGCAUCAAAAAGGCCUUCCACCCCUAAAGACAGCACGUCAGGCCCGGGAGAGUCCCAGGAGAGGACGGGGACUCCACAGAUGACCGCCCCUCAUAGGCCCAGCCCUGAAGCACAUUCCCAGAGCCAGGCCAAACCAACGUCCUCCACACAGCAAGACAAAUCCAGCAAGAAGACAUAGCAGCCUUGCACAGAAAAAAGUGACCACUUAAAUAGCUUACAUUUGUUUUUGUUUUUUUUGUUUUUUAAUUCUUCACACUAAAUGUGAGAGAAAAGAUGUGAAGGAAGAAAAUCCAAGCAAUUGAGCUCAGCAGUUCCAUUGUAGAUUGUUUUGUGUUGAGGGCUUUGGAUUGCUUUUAUUUUCCUCUUUACUGCUUUUCUCGGCAUUGUUUUAUAUUAAGUUCAGGACAAAAAAAAAAAGAAAAUCUGGGGCUAGAAAUAAACCGUUUGAAAGACAAAAAUUGUGUUCACUUGAAUAUUACUGUAGAUUCACACUUCGCUGUUUUUAGAUUUAGUGGUGCCUUAAUAAAAAAUAAACUUAAAAGUCCUCACUUGUAGGUCAGUUCGCCAUUCAUUGAUGGAGGGGUAAGAUGUAUCUCAGCAAUAAAAUCAGCGUAUGCUUAGCAAUUUCUAUUAAUGUAGUAGAUAGAAUCCUGCAUUGAGUUGGCUGAAAAAGACCACUGUGGUUUUUCCAUCAGUUGCCAUUAUUUUCUGUCAGAAUUUUGAGGGCCAUACAAACUGCAUGCUUGAUUUUUCUGAAUUAUUACACACAUCUCAAUGGUGGUCCAGUUAAUUAUGCUUUAUUGUGGUGUUUUUUCCCCACACAAUAGCUUAAAUAAUAAAUCAAACAGGUUUACCAGCUAAGAGGAAAAGCGUAACAUAAACGUGUGAUUAAAAAAGAAAAAAUAUUACGUCAUAUCUUUCAUAUAUCCAUCUUGUGUUUCUUUCCGGGUGCUUAGCUGUAACUCCUCAUACGGAUCUUUAGAAACUUACUUUCUAAAUCGUCUGCCAGAUUAUUAGGAUGGAUGGAUAAGGAUCAUCUCUGUUCACAUGCACUGUACAUUCUUGAUGUGUAGAUGAUUGUAUAUGAUGGACUGAAAUUAAUGGCAUCAUCUGAUUUUAAUGUCUGGAAAAAAAGAGCACUCUGAAUCAGAAAUGUUGUAUUGUUUUUAUUUCUAGCCCCUGCUCUCUUUUUUUUUUUCUUUUUUUAGCAUCGUUAAUAAACGAUUGAUAACUUUUUUUAUUUUUAGGAUCUGGACCAACUUGCUGUGUUAUUUCUGUAUAUCUGCCACUAAUCUUUUAAAGUUGGACAACUUGUACAGGCUUGUUAACGAGCGAGUGUGUGUGUGUGUGUGUGUGCGCGCGCGCUUAUAUAAAUGAAUAUUUAAAGUUCUGUGUCGGUUUUAUAUACGAGUGUAUCUUAGAUUUAGAUUUUGUCUUUGCCAUUUCAGCUGUGUCUGAUUUAGACAUUUAUUACUAGCAGGCAAGGAUGUAUUUGCACAAUUCCCUUUUUACUUUGUGUCAUGAAAAUGAAAACUAAUAAAAUACAGUCCGCUUAGAUCCCAGAGAUUGGUGGGGUCUUCGGGGGUUUGACCAAUCAUUUAA